GUGUGUGUGAGAGAGUGUGUGUGUGUGUGUGAGAGAGUGUGUGUGUGUGUGUGUGAUGGAUGCUCGGCUGUGUGUGCUGCUCAGCGUCGCGCUUCUCCUCCGUCUGGCGCUGCUCUGCUUCGGUGUGUAUCAGGAUCAGAAUCUGCAGCUCAAGUACACGGAUGUGGAUUAUCACGUGUUCACCGACGCCUCCAGGUUCAUCACACAGGGUCAGAGUCCGUAUGUCAGAUCCACGUACCGCUACACUCCUCUGCUGGCUCUGGUUCUGGUUCCGGGGGUUCUGCUGAGCUGGGUUCACUGCGGGAAGCUGCUGUUCGUGGGCUGUGAUCUUCUGUCCGCUCUGCUGCUCUUCAGGCUGCUGGUUCUGCGCGGCUCGACCCGGAGCUCGGCGAGGGUUCUCUGCGGUCUGUGGCUGUUUAACCCGCUGACCGUAGCUGUGUCCACCCGCGGGAGCGCCGAGUCUCUGCUGGCGGCGCUGGUUCUGUCCUCACUGCUGUGUCUGGAGUCCAGGAGACGGCUGUCUGCAGCGCUGCUGUUUGGUCUGGCCGUCCACAUGAAGAUCUACCCGGUCACUUACGCUCUGCCCAUCGCUCUGUCCCUGACCGGCGCACCGGCCCGCGGCCGAGGACUGAUCCAGAACCUGAUCCGGUGCGUCAGCAGGGAUCUGCUGCAGUUUGCAGCCGUUUCUGGAUCCGUGUUCUUCGCUCUGAACCUCAUCUUCUACAGCAUGUACGGCUGGGAUUUCCUGCAGGAGUCUUAUCUGUAUCACCUGACGCGCAGAGACAUCCGUCACAACUUCUCUCCGUACUUCUACAUGCUGUAUGUGACGGCGGAGCAUCACUGGAGCGGCGCUCUGGCGCUCGUCUGCUUUCUGCCGCAGAUGCUGCUGCUGCUGCUGUCCUCGCUGGCCUUCCGCCGCGACCUGCCCUUCUGCUGCUUCAUCCACACCGCCGUCUUCGUCAGCUUCAACAAAGUCUGCACUUCACAGUAUUUUCUGUGGUAUCUGUGUCUGCUGCCGCUGGUGUUGCCUCGACUGACGCUGGGUUUGAGACGAGGCCUCGGGCUGCUGCUGCUGUGGUUUGUGGGACAGGCGCUGUGGCUGUCGCCGGCGUAUUAUCUGGAGUUCGAGGGCUGGAACACUUUCGCUCUCAUCUGGAUCGCCGGGCUGCUGUUUCUGCUCAUAAACUCUCUCAUACUGGGACAAAUAAUCUCCCAUUACAGACCCGCAGAAGCCCUGCUGAAGAAGACCGACUGACAGACGCCUGUGAGAAAACUCCACCUGAACAUGAUCACUUCACAUGUUAUGGCAACUUGAAUAAUACUCACGUGCAAUGAUCACAUGUGAAGAUAUGUACAAGAGUGUUUCUGCAUGUCUCUGGAAUAUAUUUUUCCUGCAGAUCCUGGAGAUGGACGAGCUGAUUCAGAUGACCACUAGAUGUCGCCCUACAGCAGUUUUACAGAUCUGAUGUUGAACAAGCUGAUAGGAUUUUAAACACUUUAAACACAAACUACAUUUUAGACGGAGUCUCAACUUUUACUGGACUUACAUUUCAGACGUGUAAAUGCUUUGCGAUGGUGAUAACGAGUGUUUGUGUCCAUGCAGAAAUGAUCAUGAGUGUGAACAAACAUGUUUAUGAACGAUAUCUACACGUACAGGUGUGAGUGAAGAGACAAGCUCCGCCCACCAGACGAUGUCGGCACCAAUAGGAGUGAGUGUUGAGUGGCGGUGGGCGGGGCAUCUGAUGCGGCAGGGUUAUAUCAUCCUGAUGAAGUGUGAGCUCUGAUGAAUAAUUCUUCUGGAUUGAUGAUUUAAUCCCAGCUCCACCUCACUACAGCUGAAGCAGAUCAGGGUUAAACUGGAUUAAAUCAUCUCCACCUGCUGGGACUAGUUGGGUCUCUCUCUGUGUUUGCUUCAUUACAGCAGAACCCUGAUUUAAGCUUUAAAAAUCUUCUGUUGUCACACAAUGUUCUGGUAAACAUUUUCCCCAAAAAUACUGGCCUCUGCAGAUCUGUUUAUGUCUGACAAAUUCACUGUUAUUACUCACACACUAAUUAAAGUGUUCAAAAGGAGAAUGUGAAUCACAAGUGGAAAUAUUUCUGCCGCUAUUCAUAGCAAGACACUACAAUAGUACAUAUGCGUGGACUUUUUGUCAUACAAGAUUUUUAUUUUUAUAAAAGUAAUAAAUAUAACAGGAAGACCCACAUUUGAGUUGCUGCUUUGCAUCACUGUAUCUUCUGUUAAUAUUUAUUGCCCAUAUUGAAUGCCAGAGGCAAAACGUCAUGUUAAAACCCUUCCUGAAAAAGUGCAAAAGGUCAUUAAA